UUACUGAGCUCUCGCGAGACUUUGAGGCAGACUAGUUUGGAUGCUGCGGAGGCGGCGGCUUAGUCCGAGCCCCGUCGAGGACGGAGCCGGAGGCAUCUGAGGAAGUUUCGUCAUGUCGCUGCCGGGCUCGCCCCUGUCCGGGGGCCCGCGAUGGGCCCCGACCCACGUCCAAGUGACGGUCCUCCAGGCGCGGGGGCUGCGGCCCAAGGCCAAGAGCGGCAGCGGCGGAGGGAGCGACGCCUACGCGGUCAUGGCGCUGGGCAAGGAGAAGUUCGCCACCUCGGUGGCCGAGCGCUGCCUGGGCUCGCCCGUGUGGCGAGAAGAGGCCACCUUCGAGCUGCCGCCGCCCCCGCGGCGCGGCCUGGUCGAGGUCGGGCCCGGGCCGCUCGCCGUCCUGCAGCUCACCGUCUUGCACCGCGCCCUGCUCGGCCUCGACAAGUUCCUGGGGCGCGCCGAGAUCAGUCUGGCCGAGCUGCAGCAGACCGAGGGGGGCCGCCGAACCACACGAUGGUACAAGCUUCACUCUAAACCGGGGAAGAAGGAAAAAGAGAGAGGUGAAAUUGAAGUGGAUGUCCAGUUCAUGAGGAGUAACAUGACAGCCAGCAUGUUUGACCUUUCCAUGAAGGAUAAGUCCCGUACUCCGUUUGGCAAGCUGAAAGACAAACUGAAGGGGAAACGGGGCAAUGGAUUGCCAGACACCGCUUCAGCAAUUGUUCCUAGCAUAACUCAUUCUCCAGCUGACAGUGAAGAAGAAUCAAAUGAGAAAGAGAAAGAGAAGAAAAAAUCAAAGUUCAAGACACUAUUUUCCAAACCUGGCUUGCGAAAAAGCAAUGUCUCCCAGUCCAUGUCUGUGCUACCUACACUCCAACCAGUUUCUGAGAGAGUUAGGCUUAGGCCUAGUGACUUUCAGUCACAGUGGAGUGAUGAGGACGAUGAGGACACACUAACUCCAGUCUCAGAAAAGCCCUCUACAAAUAGAACUGAAGAUAACUUGCUUUAUCCACCUUCUACCAUGUCUCAUAAGAGAACAGGUAGUGCAGAUUCCAAACAGUUGAACCACAUUGUCUCUAGUAACACCAAGAAGGAUACACAUUCCUUAUUUGGUGGUCUUAAGUCCAAAAAUGACCAGACUUCCAGGUCCAAUCUGUGCAUCAAUGGCAGCCAUGUUUACGUGGAAGAAUGUGAAUCAAAAAGUGAUCCCUCCCCAAAAGAAUACUCUCUGUCUUCCACUUCACCUCAGACAUCCCGGCACAAACAGCUCUUUUUGUCCCAGGAGAAUUUGGCCUCCGAAACCAAUAAGGAACCUGAAAUGACCGGAAGGUUGCCUCCUGACAAAGGGCCACCUGAACCUUCCUCACUGGAGUCUUUUAAAGCCAUGACGUUGCCGUCAUACAAAUUGCUUAGUGGGGGGGAUUUCUUAGAAAGCAGCACUCCUGUAAUUUUAGACACUCUCAAAGAAAUCAAAGAGAACAAAAAACAGGAGAACAAGAAGUCUUUGCUGUCUCUUGUGACAGGAAAAAAAGAAACUAAAGCCAGUGAGGAGAUAGAACACAUUGCUGACGCUUCCCCGAAGCCAAAGGAAGUAAAACGUAAUGAGAGAGAACUGGCAAAGAAAGAAGCAACCCUGUUUGGAGACGCCAAAAGAGACACUGGCCCAGAGAAAAGCAGUGCUGGAGAUGUCCCAGUUGUGAAAGCAUCCCUCAACCCUUUUAUUGAAAACAUGGAAGAGGGGAAACCAGAGAAAAAUGCAGCUUCUGUGAAACCAUCUCAGACGAAGCCUGUCAAACCCAGACUGGGCGUGUCCUCAGAGGAUGAAACCAAAGCCGCUCUUACUGUCUCUGUACCUCUUGCUCCUCCUUUCUGUCCUUCCUCUAAACUUGAUCCAGAGUUAAAAUCUCAUGAUUUUGAUAGUGUUGCUAGUCCUUCAUUAAACCUUUCCAAAAAGCAUAACAGUAAGCCUUUUGCUCAGAAAUUGAGACAAGAAUCCAAAGAACAAGGUCCUGAAUGCUUUGCAACCACUUCAUCCUGCCUUCCUACUCCGACUUCUGGCAAGAAAAAUAAUCCUUUUUCUCCCUUAUACGAAGAGCCUCAAAUAGAGGAUUCUGAAAACUCUAUUACAUCUCCCUUGUAUCUUCCUCAUCUUCCUAAAACUUCAGUUCUUGAGUUGCACCCUCAGCCUUCAAAUGUUGAUGAUUCUUUUGUAUCUAAACUGGAACAGAAUUCUGAAUAUAUUCACAGUCCUCCCACACCUCUCCCAUUUCCUUCUGCUGUUUCCAUUCAAGAAUCUGCUUCCUCAGUGGGAAGCCUUGUUGAGCCCAAGAACCUUCUUCAUGUGCCUUCAGACAAGCCUCAACAUGAGGGUUUAACUAAUCAGACAGGUCCUAUAGCCAGUUCUCCUGGAUCUCUCUCUGGAAGUCAUUCAGUAUGCUUUUAUGACCGAGUUGGACUGAUUCUAAACACUCAGCGCGAUGACAAAGAAGUAAAUGUAGUGACACCAUUUAAAGAAAAUAAUGGAGCGACAAAGAAGUCGGUGACCUUUGCUCUUGAUGAACUGAAAGUUAACAAUUCAGCGAGUAGUGGUGAUGAGGUUUCAUUCGAAGAUUCAGUUGAGAGGUGGCAUGAUGAAAAUGAGGAUGCCAUAGAUCCAGCCGAAAAAAACAGAAGACGAACAUUUGAACUGGAUACAGAGCAUUGCUCUGUAUCUAAGUUCCAUGAUGGAAAAAUAAAUUCUGCUUAUAACAGUGGGACUCCCUUAGAAAGAGAGACUGAGACUAGCUAUGCUGUUGAGGUUGGGCCACCAGUACCAGCCCCAAGAGUCCUCUUGCCAUCACCAAAGGAAACUAAUUUGUCAAGGACUGUGUUGAGUGGCAGUUCUCUCUCUGUACCACCAAAGCCAGCACCAAGGAAUGCUCAAAAUCCAAAAAGGUUUGUGGCUGAUGAAGCAGAAAUAGGAGAUGCAACAAGUUCUGCCUCAGAGUUGGAGUUGCCGGUAGAUAAUUCUGCAAUCUCCAGCGAAAAGCUAACUCGUGCUAGCUCAUUAGCAAUUUCAGUAUCAACUACACUUCAUCCUGAAAGAGAGGAUGGUACUGUUGAUUCUUCUCAAAACAUUAAUAACGAUCACUCAAGCUAUGCAAUAGGCACUCAGUCAGGCACUCUAGUUACUUGUGAGUUGAGUCUGAAGCCUAGAGCCCUUCCUGUUAUUCUGGAGGUAGGAUCAGAUGAUGAGCAGCUCAAUGGCUAUCAAAAAGAUUCUGAAAAGCUGGCAGUUUCUGAGGACUUGUCAAAAAUGAGAGAGAAUUCUGCAAAGUUAUGGGCCUCCAUUGAGGAGAGAGAACUUGCAUCUGAUGAUAAGGUUGCUGGUGAAAGGCAGACUCUCUUACUUGGGGAAAUGACUGAUCCAGAUGAUGCUUUUGAACCCAAGAAGUCAUCAGUUAACAUAAGAGGAGUACAGAAUGCAGGUCUUAGUAUAAAGGGAUCAGAACAAAAGGAUGAAGACUGUUUUACCGAAAACAGACAGGGUGACUGUCCUGAGUUCUCUAAUAAGCCUGUUGCUCUUUCUCCUCUGUCAAAUGCUUCUGAACUUUGCUCUGCUGGUUCUUUCCAGUCUGAAUUUCUCAGCUCUAAUAGAGCAGAAUCUCUGAAAAACACGACAGUGGAGAGUUCGGAUGCCAAAGUCGAAAUCUCUGGCAGGAAGAAGCUGCUUCAGGCACGGGUUUCACCCUCUGAGACACAUCCCAAUCAAACUCUGCAGAGUGGUGGAACUUACCCUGCUAAGCUCAGACUUCAUCCUGUGAAGCCAAUGAAUACUACAACAAACAAAUUGCCUUCAAAGACCUUGGGCACAACUACUAAGAUACUGGAUAAUCAGAACGAAAUCAACCUAAAGAAAUACAACCCUUCAGAUCCUGCCUAUGCCUAUGCCCAGCUGACUCAUGAUGAGCUGAUCCAAAUGGUCCUGAAACAGAAAGAUGUGAUUGCAAAGCGGGAUGUCCAGGUGCGAGAACUGGAAGACUACAUCGAUAACUUGCUUGUCAGAGUCAUGGAAGAAACCCCUAACAUUCUUCGGGUGCAAGCUCACGCAAACAAAAAAGCUGGAAAGAUGUAAGGUGGCAAUUCAAGCCAGAGGAGGAUAUUUUUGCGGUUCCGUCUUCGAAGGUAGAGCAUGUGAAAACAGCUGCUGCUUUUGCCCAAAUGUUCUUCCUGUCUUAAGCCACGCCUUAUCUUGGAGGCUGGUUGAUAAUUAUAUAAACCAAAAUGAUAGAUUUUUAGAUAAAAACUCUAUACAGUGUAUAAAAAGUAUACAUGUUUUGCUGCUGCAUUUGGAGUUAAAGGCUAGAGAAUACAGGAUUGAAGAGGAAGUUGAACCAGUUUCUCCAUGUGAAUAAUUCUGUAACUGGAGCAUUUUUAAAAGGUUAAGUGUUAAAUUGGACACUUUUCCAUAGUUUUAGAAGCGCAGACUUGUGACUUCUUGCUUUUUUUAGGAGAGUUGAGUUUUAGUGCAAUAUAAGCAAUUGUGUGUUAAUUACAUUAGGUAUUGGACAGAUAAGUUAAAAAGAUGCUUUUUAACAUAAAGUGCCUUACAACAUCAGAGUUGCUGAGAAAUGACUGCUUCCUCCUAAAACUGAGAUGCCUUUUUACUUUCAAGGAGUACAGUUUGUUAGGCAUAUCUGCUGUGCCAGUGUCACUGAAUUGUAUAAGAAUGGUUAAGAGCACAGCUGUGCUGCUGUUCUAAUUUGUUUUGGUGGGGCUUGUUCUGCACAAGCUCACAGUGGAUUGUGCUAAAAUGUCUUCAUCUCACUUUGGCAAGAGUCUGGUUACCAGAUUUUGGUAACCAAAGCGAUGUGUUGUGAGCAGAUCCUUUUGGCUUGCCUUGAUAUCCAGGCAUCAAGUGCAGAUGAAACAGGACAUGAGUAAAAACAGGAAGGAGUGCUAAGCGUGAAGCUGAUUUCCGUAUUGGUGCCUUUUCAUAAUGUGAAAAUUCUUAACAGCCUCACUCCCCAUUUAACCUGGUGGCCUUGCCUUAUAGUUAUAUAAUAUAGUCUUGAUUCUGUUUACACUGCUGUACUUGUUAGAACACGUGGAUAGUCCACAUUCUCCCUCCACAGCUGAUGACCUUAUGCAAACUAGAUAUGAAAGCUGAGCCUAUAACAUGGUUUCAGCUAGAGGUUAAAUUGGGAAACUUCCAUAAUAUAGGUACAUGGAUUAUGUGGAACAAACUGGCCUUUUCUUAGCAGAAGGGGUCCAUUUAGUGAAAGAGGGUUGGUUGCUUUGAAAUGUGAGGGCAGAAUCCAACAAAAAUCCAGUUCUGCAUCUGUUUCUGCUUGUGCUAGACUAGGCAUUUGCCCUUUUUUUUUCCGGGGGGGGGAAGGAGGAGAUAAAGAUUAACUAGCUUGCCAAGUAUCAGUUUAGUGGAUUUUAUUGUUAAAAAAAUUCUUCCCCCUUCAACAUAACUUGUUAUAAUGUGGGAAUCUGAUAUUGUAUUGGAUGUUGAUCAAAGAGAGAGUGUGUAAGGGCUAGCGAGGCUUUUCCAGGCUUGUAGUUCACACUCGGCUCCGAACCAUUCUUGAGCAGAAGCCAGGAUCAAAUAAACUGUAAUGUAGAAAAUUGUAAAUUUUAACUACUGAUGUGUUCCUAAAAUAUAGAUGCCUCAUCCAGUGUUCCUUCUAACAGAGAUUCCCAGAAGUUGUUGACUACAACUCCCAGAAUCACCAGCCAAAGGCCAUUGCAGCUGGGGAUGCUGGGAGUUGUAGUCAACAUCUGAGAAUCCCUGUUAGAGGCAACACUGGCCCCAGCACCAAUCCAAAUGUCUGAAGGCACUCAUGGAUGAAUUUUAACAGUUUUCACUGUAUGUUUCCGUAUGCACUUUAAAGAGGGAUGAGGUUGGCACUGAAUAGCUUUCCAGCCCUCCCAUUGCAUUCAGUUUACUUACACAACACUGGAUUUUAAACGUUUCAGCUGAAAUCAAAAGAUGCUUGUUGCCUGUUGUUUGGCUAGUUGGUAUUGGUACCGUAUAAUCUGGCUUAUAAUCACCAAAGAAGCAGGAGUAGCUUAAAUAGCUACUACUGUAUAUUCAUCCAGAAGAGGAAAUGUUCAUAUGACUUGCAGAACUUCUGUAAUGAGAGUUAGUUUAUGCGUUUUUAAAGAUUUGGUACACACUAUGUAAUGUUUGAACAUACGGCUCUGAAUGAUGACGCUCCCUGUUCUGUUUCCAUAAAUGGAGGUUGUUGCCCUUUUCUCUGCAUAGAGCUCGUUCUCUCAGUGGAACCCACUGGCUGAGGCUUUCCAUUUCCUGAGUUAUAUGGGGCAGGGAGAGGAGAAUGAUUUAAAGUGUUUGCACGGAAAAGAGAUGUCUGCCCUAUAGCUUAGUGGUCACGGCCUGUGGCCUUCGUACAUGUCUCUGCUCCGCGAUAGCUGGAGAGGUUCGUUGUAAAGACACAUUUACAAGUAAAGCAGACAUGAAAAUGUUUGGUGUUUUUUUUUUUUUUAAAAGGUACUUUAACUCAUUUAAGUAGAUCAAAAGGUGUGUGUGCUCUAGCUUUAAUUUAAGUGACUCAGUGCCUCCCUUUUUUUGGCCAAUGCAUAUUCUUGCAUGCCUGCCACUUCUAAAAAAUAUUUCAUGAAAAGGUUUGUACUGGAAAACAUUAUGCCUGGUGGUCAUAUUUCCUAAGCACUAUGGAUCUUUGCGUAAUGCAUUCAUUGGGAAUCUGCCUUACAACAACAUGGGAGCUGUGCUCAAGUACAACUUGUCUGCUGCUAACAGUCCUGUCUAUUUGAGUAGGGAUUGUGCUGGAGAGAGUUCCAGUGGACUGUGGAAACUUUCUAAGUCAUCACACUUAAAAAUUUCCAGCAGUGAUGGCGUUUAGCAGGCUUCCUGUUGUACCAUAGGCAGGGGAAAAUGUUACUGCAGGGGGAAAUGUUGCUACUCUGCCAAAAUCAGGCUACUGAGUCAUAAAAAUCCCUGAUCAGUUGUAUAAUUGAUGAAAUUUGAACAGCAGUGAGGAUAGUGCCUUACAGAAGAGGUUCCCAGACUUGGGUUCCUAGAUGUUGACUACAGCUCCCAUCAUACCCUAGCCAGAAUGGCCUUCAGCCAAGGUAACUGGAAAUGAUGAGAGUUGUAGUCCAAUAUCUAGGGACUCAAGUUUGAGAAUCUCUACCUUCUAUUACAGUGUAUGCUUUCUGACUGGUAUUUCUAAAGGUACAAUUCUGAAUACUACCAUGGGAAAUAGAUGCUGAGUGUUGUGUUUUAAGGGGGGGGGGAGUAACAUAAUGAGCAAUAGAGAGCUCACCUCUCCAUGUACAAUCUUACACUCAGUGCUUACUAUUGAAGGAUCUGAAUGUAUAUUUAUAUUUUUCUGCCUUGUGCUUGGUACUUGUAUUUCUCUGGUUUUUAUAUGAAGACCUUCAGCCUUGUGAAAUGUUAGAAUAAAAGUUAUUUAAGUCCUUGUGAA